AUGCCGACCACAUUACCCAUUGAGGGCAGCAGCCCGCGCGACUUCUGCAUGCUGGAACGUAACUUCCUCUCGCAUCUCCGCCUCGCAUUACUGUUGGCACUCUUCGCCUCCGCUGUUCUUCUUGAAGUACGGUUGCCCUUGGAAAACUCGGAUGAUCAAGAGAACAGGAGUGAUGGGAACUGGGCUGAUGUGGUGGCGCUAGCGUCUGUCGGGCUGGGAGCGGCGGUGCUGGUGAUCUUCGCAGGAUACGGAGAAUACGAAUUAGGGUUCAGAGAUAUUCGCAGCUCGCACCCGACGCUACAGUCGUCCAAACCGCAUCUAUUUCUCAUGUGCAUCAUUGUGAUCAUUGUUGUCGUGACCUGCGCCCUUCUGCUUGUAUUCAACGGCGAGGUCGGAAUGCCGACGAAGUAA